AUGAAAUUACAUUUAAUUGUGUUUGUGUGCUAUUUAUUGGCAAUUACUAAGCAAAUUACUUGUCAAACGCCAGUAGAUUCAAGUUCCAGUCCUUCAACUGCUGAUCCCAGCUCUCCAUCCAGUCCAGAGGCAAGCUAUUCUUCCAACUCACUUGAUACUUCAUUUUCUGUUCCAAGCUCAUCGCCAAUUUAUACGUCUAGCUUUUCCACCAGUUCCGAACCAAGCUCUACUCCAAGCUUUUCCAGCUCUUCAACUAGUCUUGCGCCAAGUGCAUCAUCUAGCCCAGCUGACAGUGUUUCUAACAACUUGUCAACAAGUCUUGUACCAGACUCUUUGCCAAGCUUUUCCUCCACUACUGAUACAAUUUAUUCUUCCAGUCCUAAUCCUAGUUCUACUUCCAGCUCAUCAACUAGUCCUGAAGAAAGUUCAUCUUUUAGCCCUAUUGACAUUAAUUUAUUCGACUCGUCAACAACUCUUGCACCAAGCUUUUCAUCACCAAGUUCUUCUUCCAGCUCUUUAACCAGUCCAGCACCAAGUUCAUCUUCUAGCUCUACUGGCAUUAGUUCAUUCGACUCGUCAACAACUCCAGCAUCAGGAUCUUCCACAAGUUCAUCUUCUAGCUCUACUGACAUUAACUUAUUAGAGUCGUCAACAACUCCAGCAGCAGAAUCUUGCACAAGUUCAUCUUCUAGCUCUACUGACAUUAACUUAUUAGACUCGUCAACAACUCCAGCACCAGGAUCUUCCACAAGUUCUUCCAGUCUUGAUCCAAGUUCUUCUUCCAGCUCUUUAACUAGUACAGCACUAAGCUCAUCUUCUAGCUCUACUGAUAUUAAUUCAUUCGACUCGUCAACAACUCCAAAACCAGGAUCUUUCCCAAGGUCAUCUUCUAGCUCUACUGACAUUAACUUAUUAGACUCGUCAACAACUCUCUCACAAAGCUCUUCCUCAAGCUCUUUUUCCAGUCUUGAUCCAAGUUCUUCCUUCAGUUCUUCAACUCAUCCUGCAUUAAGUUCACCUUCAAGCCCUACUGGCAUUAAUACAUUCGACUUGUCAACAACUCCAGCAUCGGAAACUUUCCCAAGUUCUUCUUCUAGUCCUGAUAUAAGUUCUUCUUCUGUUAGCACUUCAACUAGUCCUGCAACAAUUUCUUCAUCCAGCACUUCUACAAGAACAUCUACCACACCUUCACCCAGUACGUCUACAAGCACCUCUCUUAAACCAUUAACUACAACCACACCUAAACCCAUUAAAGAUAAAGCUCCAGAAAAAUCUAAAGAUAAUACCGCUCAUCAUGGACGACAUGAUAAGUACGGCCAUGGAUGGGGACAUGGUUGGGGACACUCUUUGGGACAUGGUUGGGGGCAGGCUUUGGGACUUGGUUUGGGACAUCAUGAUAGAGGACAAAACAAGGGAUAUGAUAGAGGCCAUGGUAGGGGACAUUCUGGUGGUCAUGACAGAGGAAGGGAUAAUAGCAAUGAUAACCGCGGCAUAGGUUCGAUUUCACAUUACAGCCGUCAUCGCAUGUUUUUCUAAAAGUAGUUUAGAGAAAUGUCGAGUCCAAAAACGUCCUUUGAACGGAAGAUUUAUUAUGAGAAAGGAUAUUAUAUAACUUAUAUGAUGUCUAAAAAAAUUUUACUUAAAA